CAAUCCACCAGCAUCAACCACGCAACGGCUAGUACGGAGGGAGAGGGGGGCAAGCAGCGAGCAGUGCCGUCUCCUCGUCCGUUCCCUGAGGCUGAGAGCCUGAGACAACGGUCAUAUUACCGUUGUCCUGCCACAAUUCCAACUUUUUAAACCUGCCGCAGGGCCUUCGCCGUCUCCCCCAGCUCUCUCUCCCGCUCCUUCGCCCUCGCACGUCGUUUCUUUCCUCGCGAGCGACGCGCGCUUCUCACCCGCAUCGCCGAUGGAGACGCCGCUGUCCACCAGGAGGAUCACCCGCUCGCUGGCCGCCGCAUCCGCCCAGAAGAGCGCCGCCGCAGGGAUGGACUCCGCCGCCCUCUUCUCCCUGUCCAAGAACGCCGUCGCGGGGGAGACACACGCACAGACGCGCGCGGCCCUUCACGACAUCACCAACGACUCCCCCGUCGUCGGCCUCGCCGCGGGCAGCCUCCACGCCACCGACACCACCCCCGCCAAGACCCGCCGCAGGGCCCCGCGCUGCACGCCAGGCUCCGGGGAGGCGCUCCUGCGCGGCCAGGUCAAGGCGCUCCUGCACAAGGUCGACGAGGAGCAGGGCUGCGCCGCCGCCGGCGCCCUCGUCAGGCCCAAGCGCAUCCAGGCGCUGCUCGGGGUCUCCAGGUCCCCGGCCCAGCUUCUUGCGCCCACGCCGGCCAACACGCCGCAGAUCGGCCCCGUCUCCGCGCCCAGGGAAGGCGUCGGGCUGCAUGACGGCGCCACCGUCGUGCCCUGCGUCCUCGACGAAGAGGAACUGCUGAUUCCUAAGCUUCAGGUCAUUGCAGGUUCCAUCCCUCCACCUCAGCCAGAGGAGAAGUUGGGCGAGUGCCAGCUGAACCGUGCGCUGGUGUUCGACGACUCCCCGGACAAUUCCGACGAGUCCAGCGGAUCAGCCGUCCCAUCAUCCGUCUCCCUCCAGGAGGGCAGCGCCGGGAAGACAUCGUCACCUGAGGAGGGUGACAGCUCCUCAGCCUGGUCCACUCAGGUCCAUGCCAGCUCCGAGAAGGGCGAUCAAGAAGAGCUGGACGUGGAGGAGCUGGCGGCAGAUUACACUGAAGAAGAGGAGGAGUUCGAGGAGGAGGAUGACUGGGAAGAAGACAGCGAUGACGGCUGCUACGAUGAUCUGUGCGAUGAGAUGAGCCGGAUGACCGUGUUGGAUGAAGGGGAGAAGAAGACCGGGCUGCCGCAGUUCGAGGGGAAGCACACCAGGUUCAUCUACAACAGUGACGACGAGAUCGAGCGGGAGGAGGUGGCCGAUGCGGCUGAAGCUAGGGCGGAGCUCGGCGCACUGAUGCUCAGGGGGCUGCCGGUGCCGGAGGGGAGGCACCUACGCUUCCACGACGACGAGGAUGACGAGGAAUAAGAAUGUUCAGAUUGGGUAUCGGCAGUGGUUGUCUUUCCCUGACACCAGCCAGCCAAAAUUCAUCAUGGGAGCUUUGUUUCUACAAUCGGGUACAGGGAGCAAAUAGCUCUUUUGCCAAUUCACAACUCAACUCUUCUGAAAUGAAACAUAGUACUAUUUCCUGGUUACUUAGGUCUUGUUUGGUUAUUUCAAUGUCACGUGGAUUAAUGUGUAUUAAAAUAAAUUGAGAUGUAUUUGCUAUGGAUUUAAAUCGACUAAAUAUCACUCAAUCUACAUA